CCCAUCCCAUCCCAUCAAACCGUUCCCCUUCUCUUGUCUGCUCCUUGCUCCACUCUGAGUUCCAUUGACCGAAGGAUUCGGUCUCUUCUGGUAAUAUCCGGAGGAUUUCAAUUGCGCCUUCACCCGUAAUUCGGUCUCUGUAUUCUUAAUUUAUCCCUAUUAUGCACCUUACGAUCGCUCCCUUCUGGUACCGUUGAUCUAUGAUUGGGAGCGAUGGAGCUCUCACGGCAGGAGUAUCCAGCCCUGCUGGCCUCUUUGCAACCCAACCAAGCGAUUAAUGUCCUCAAUGAUCGCAUACGUAUCAUUAACAAGAUUAACGCGGAUAUCGCGGAUUGGCUCCAGGAACGCCGCCGUGUUGAAGAAGCUUACGCGCAAGGGUUAAGGAAACUGGCGCAUCGACCACAACUUGAGAAUGGGGCAGCGCUUGGCAUUUUCCAACUACCAUGGCAGCGCAUUAUCAAUGCCACCGAAGCCGUGGCCGCAUCACACGAAACGUUCGCGCAGAAGAUUGACGAGGACGUGGAGCGCCCCUUGAGAGAAUACAGCAGCAAGAACCGAGAAUUGGCAUCGAUGCCUGGCAUCCAAAGUGAUCUCGCCGCGUUGGCCAAGAGCUUCGAAGCGAACCAGAAGAAGAAACUGGCCGCUGCCAUUUCCGCCGCAGAGGAGAUCAGAGAACAAUGGGAUUCAAGGGCACCUUUUGUGUUUGAGCAACUUCAGGCAGCGGACGAAGGCCGAGUAAAUCAUCUCCGCGACGCGCUGACUCAAUUGCAAACGCAUGAAUCAGACCAGGUGGAACGGUGUCGCCAGGCUGCCGAGAGCUGCCUAAAUGUACUUCUCAAUGUUGAGACUGCGGAUGAGAUCAAGACAUUUGCCGCCAAGGUUAAUGGGGGCAGGCCUGUUGCUCCCAGAAGGCAAGAAUCGAUACCCUCUGGCGGGGCAGGAGCACCUCUUGCUCCUCCGCCGCGCAUUCAGGACGAUGCUGCUAGUCAACGCUCGGAGAAUUCGGGCCCUGUCCGGACACCUCCUGCUCCGGAGCCCCGCACCACAGCGCUUGGUGGACUCAAGCGACUAGGAACUGUCAUGGGCAGAAGGAAGAGUGUAGUGCACACCUCUGGAGGAGGGCCACUCUUCGGAGAUAAGAAGCAUCGUAGUCCGUUUGCUUCAUUCAAGCGGGGAGAUUCACGCGACAUGCAGAUACCCGAAUCCCCUACGGGUACGGAUCGUCCCGGUACUGCUCUAACUACUCAGGAUAGCCAUGGCGAAGCCGCACCGAUCCCAAGUGAGAUCCACGAGCGAGAGCUUCCUGGUUCACUGCCGACGAGUCCAGAACCUCAGCAAACACCAGCGACUACAAAUGGGGGAUCGACUCAAGAGGUUCACAAUGAGCCGACACCGGCUGCUGCUAUGACUGCGAACGAGCCGCGAGUCGACUCGGAAGGGUUCACAGAACGACCACAGACCAUUGACGAGAUAACACGGCUUCAGCGAGAGGCGGCUGGACUGGAUGAGCAUGGCAUGAAUCUGACAAUCAGAGAUCAGCCGAUCUUUGAAGAUGAGAACCAGGCUAGACAAGCAAUGGACGAGAUGGCUAAUCAGUUACGUCUGCAAGCCCAACACAGCGGAGUCAGACGAAAUGCAGGCACCAUACGUGGUCGUCGCGAUGUUCGUAACACAGUUUUCAUUCCGAAUCCUCCUGGCUCGAGCAAUGGGCUCCCUGUUCCGCCAUCGGGAUCGGAUGUUUCUACUCCUACAUCACCAGGUCUGCCUACCAGGCAUGUCACUUCUCCCAGCACCGCUACAGACGAUCAUGCCCUCUCAGAUACAACGUCUAUUCGCUCAUCACAGACCUUACACAACAUCUCAGGACCGGUUUCCCAUCCUGAUCUACACCAACCUGGUCUGAAUGCGUCGAUCGUAGAGACGGUCAGUGCGUGGUUCUCUGAGGGCGCCGUGACCAAGUCCUUCGUUGUAGGAGAACUUGCUCUGGCCUACAAUGCAUCGAGUGGCACAACGCCGGAUAGCGCGCGCGUCCGUCUUGAUAAUUUCCAAGUAUUGGAGAAGGUCGCUGCCAACCCACAUUUUGUACAGGAGGAGAAGGGCUCAGGGGACGAGAAGAGAGGCGAGUAUAACGUCCUUCUCUCUAACAUCGCACGGUCUUCACCAACCGUGGCUUUCAAGUAUCAAGUCCACAUCGACCAGUCGGAAGCUUCGGCUUUCUGUCCCGUGAUCUUCAAACCUGCGUGGAACCUCGAAGAGUUCCAGGCAAGCGUGAUCAUCUUCUACUCGAUGAAUUCCUCAUUCGCCUCGUCGGUACCAAGGGAAUCAAUCACCAUCAAGAACCUCACAUUGACUGUGAACUUGGACACCUCUCCUGAAGAAGGCCGCGAGGCAGCUCAUGCCACGAGUGCCGUUAUGUAUCCCAACUCAGGGGCCACCUUCCGUCGCAAGCAGUCAGCGGUCACCUGGAAAAUCCCUGAGCUCGAAGUACGCGCCGGAGCUGAUGGAAAGCUACUUGUUCGGUUUGCGACUUCAACCAGCUGGCCACGGAAAGGCAAAGUUGACGCGAAAUUCGAGCUUCAGACAGCAGACGCUGGUUCUCGCUUGGGAAUUAGUACAAUGUCUCAGUCAGAGGACACGCCGCAGAAGGGAACCGAUCCCUUCGCAGACGAAGAUGGCAGUCUACAAGCAUCCGAUGCCGCGCCCGCGUCCUGGAAAGAAGCACCCACAGUCCGCAAGCUGGUGGCUGGCAAAUACGUGUCACAUUAAACGGGCAGGGGCAGCCCAUUCGAGUCCCUUAGAUACGAUACCGCCGUGGAUUUAUUCCUUUGGAUGUUGCGUUUUCUGGAGUCACCUCGCCUGAUCAGACAACUUGUUCACCCUCGACAUACUCGUUCUUAGCACCCUUGCGCUAUUACUUGGUUCAGAGCUUUUUGAUUCUAACAACCCCCCUCCCUUUUUCCCCUAUGUCGACAUCUUCGUUUCAAAGUCCUGGCCUAUUGAUACCUUCUGGAUAAAGUAGGCUUUUGUGGUUAUUGUAAAUAAGUUUUCUUGUUUAAGUACUACUCCCCCAGGGAAAUGGACAAGUUCAUACCGGAGGCUCAGCUUAGAGAAAGCAGGACGGUUGGUAGAUAUCAUUCAUUAUAUAUUGAAAUGUGAGAUUUCAGGAUGAAAAAAGGGGUACCAUUUCCACAGAUUAGUCCUCUCAUCAAACGUGG